UUUAUGCCUUAUCAGUGUGCGUAUAACGCGCGCUAUAUAAAUACACGUAUAACAUCAAUAAAUCGCAAAGUAUAAUUUUUUUUCAUUUUUCAAGCAGCUAAGUAGUUGCUUCUGCGACGUCGUCACGGAGGUAUUGAAAGCUGAGUUGAGGUUACUGCAUUAUGUUUGAACUUUCCUUGAGUCUCCCUUCCACAAAUAAUGUGAUGUUAUUGGCAAAACGCGACGGUGCAUAAAGUCCAAGGAGUCGCCUCAUAACAUUCCUUUACUGUUUGGAAAAAAUACGAUUGCACUUGCACAGGACUUAAUUCGGUGAAAAGCUACAUAUAAUUGCUUUACAUAAUGGGUCCCUUAACGACAAGUGCCAGACAUGUUUUUCACAACAUUUGUAAAACUGCUGCGAAGGCAAUGUCUACAAAUGUAAUGUUAAAUCCAAAAGAUGAACCAAAGGAAAUAAUACUUAAAUAUUUGGAUGGAAAGGACAAUGGCAUUGCGGUACUGGGACUGAAUCGGCCAAAUGUUUGUAAUGCACUUGGAAAGACUUUAGUUAAUCAGUUAACCGAUGCUAUUUCUUCCAUGAAAGAGGAUACAAAGUUGCAAGUAUUGAUUAUUCGCAGCAUGGUACCAAAAAUUUUCUGUGCUGGUGCUGAUUUACGAGAAAGAACAAUAAUGGACACUACAGGCACUGCCCAAUUUGUUUCGUGCUUAAGAAACAUGAUGAACAACAUAGAAUCUUUACCGACCCCAGUGAUAUCUGCCAUAGAUGGUGCCGCAUUAGGCGGAGGAUUAGAGCUUGCUUUAGCCACAGAUAUUAGAGUCGCAGCAUCAGAAGCUACAAUGGGUCUUGUCGAAACAAAAUGGGCAAUUAUUCCAGGCGCCGGUGGUACGCAACGACUUCCAAGAAUAAUCGGACCUGCUAAAGCAAAAGAACUCAUUUAUACUGCACGUUUAAUCGACGGUCAAGAAGCGAUGAAAAUUGGUCUGAUAAAUCAAGUAGUUCCACAAAAUAAAGAGGGGGAUGCUGCUUAUCAGUCUGCUUUAUCUAUAGCCAGAGAAAUUUUACCCAAUGGACCGCUUGGAGUAAGAGUGGCAAAAACGGCGAUAUCAAAGGGACUUCAAGGAUCUAUCACCGAUGGGCUUGAAAUUGAGGAACAAUGUUACAAUGAAAUUGUACAUUCAAAAGACAGACUCGAAGGACUUGCAGCAUUUGCAGCAAAGCGUAUGCCCGUUUAUCAGGGAAUGUAAACACAGAAAAUUGAUGGGCAUUAUGACUUACGCUUAAAUGACAUAUCGAAAACGUGCAUUUUAAUACUGAUAUUAAAAGCUGGGAACAUGCCUCUUUUUUUACAAUACAUUAUCAUGUUACAACUGACUUUCACGUACAUAUAAUUAUAUAAAGUCAAUUAUAUUUACAUUUGGAAAAACAGUUACAGAAAUAACGUUAUAUAACUUUUACCGUAAUUUACAAUUUUUAAUAAUUUUUUUAUGUAAUUUACAUUAAUUCUAAGAAAAACAAUCUGUGUCAUGUUUAAUAUUUGGUUUUAUAUAUUUUAUACUAAUUGUUAUUGUUGAUGUAUAUGUACAUAUAUAUAAUAUAUAUGAUUUUAUUUUUAUAAAAUAAAAGCGUUUGUAACAAAUGAAAAUUAUGCUGAUUUUAUUUAGAUUCCAAAUAUUCAUUGCAUAAAAUACAGUUAAUUUUACUUAGGAAAUAUAUA